UUUUGUAACAUUUGUCUUUCUUGGUCUCUUUCUUUAGGCGUUUUAGAGAAUUAAGGUGGAAAUUUGGACAAUGUAUUUCUUCACUCAGUAACCCUCCACCAAACAGCUUCAAGAAGACCAAUGGCAACAAAGUCCAACAACUUCCAGCAGGUAAAAUAAAGAUCAGAGUUUUGAAGGAUGAGCCACUGCCAGCCCCACCGCAGUCGUCAUCUUCAUCUUCAAUCCCUAACGCUGGUCUUGGAAUGACAAAAAGAACCAGAGUCAAGGGAACAAUCUCCAGAAAAUAUGAAGUCAAAUCAACUAAAUUAACAGACGCACAAGCUCAAGUGAUCAGCCAAGACGUCAGCUGCGUCCAGAGAAAGAUUAACCCUGGCUCUUUUCCCGGUAUCUAUAAUCCUGAUUCCAGCGGAAGCCCUGAUUCCAAUCAGAGCCUCACAUUCAAUGCAAUAACCACAAGUGAAGAUGAGUGGCCAAAGAACGGAACAAAGCUGAGGCAAAAAAAAAUGGAAGUUUCUCAUAAUUGCAGCCAGGUGCUGGUUAUAAAACAUGGACAGGAGAAACCAGUGGGAGUAAUUGAAGAUGAUAAAAGUGAAUUGGCCAACUCCAUUUUUACAGGGCAGUAUAGUGAGGACGAGUCUGCAAGAUCUUUUCAGGAGGCUCUGAUACAGUGGAGGAAAGAAAGGAGUGAAGGAAAAGAAAACCUUGUUACAACCGAUGUACUGGAGAGAGACACGACACCAGGUGAAAUAUAUAAAAAUGUAUUGGUGUCCGCCAUGUCGACCCAGACUGACAUCCCUCCAGGCAGAGAAGCUGAUGGACUAAAAAGAAAAGGAGCAGAAGGGAAGCUAAAUGUGAAGUUUUCUGAAAACAGCCUUACUUACAUGGAUAAGUUGCUUCUCAAGAAGCACCGCAGAACACCAGUUGAAAGUCCUCCAUCACUGGUAUUUGGCAUGGGUUUAAAAUCACCACCUACCACAGACACAGAGGAAGAGACGGCCACCAUCCUAACUGCUGAAGAGGAAGAUUUUCGGGAGUACUGUUCAUCACUGCUCAAAGUCCCUGUCAGCAAGGACACUACUGAGUCACAAGUUUCCACACCUGAAUUGAAUCUAGUCAUAGAAAUCUUGGAUGAGGAAUCCACAGAUCUAAAGAUGGCGUCUUUGACUGAGCAAAAGUUGGAUAGCAACACAAUUUUCAGCUGUUCAUUCCAAACAGCUUUGUUUGUUCACAGGAGUUCAGAAGCUGUUCUCUCCUCCACCCAUUCAACUCAACCAUCCAAACCAUCUAAAGCAUCAGUUCAACAAAAAGUCAAGAAGCCACAUUGCCUUCGCAAUCAGAUUUUAAAAAAUGACUCAGUGAAAGACAGUGGGGAUACAAUGACAAGUUGCAGUCUUUAUCCGACUCCAAAAGAAGAAGACUCCUGUGCAGAGAAAGCAAGAAUACAUGGACAAUUACCAAGGGAGAAAUCAAGAGAAAUGGCCAAUGAUCUGGAAAUGUCUUAUCGAGAGGACUUAAGACCUGCAAAGAAAAAAACAGAAAAAGAUUUGCAAACUGAAGGCACAAGACAGCAGCCAGAAACACACAUGGUGAUGCUAAACCAGACUGCUGGGUUUGGAUCAGAGCAGUUCUGUGAUCUGGAUGGGUUUUUGCCUUUAGGUUUGGACACGGAUACCGGUCACCCAGACUCACCAGAGCAGACACGCUGUGACAGACUUCACACAUGCCAAUUUUCAGUGCGUGCCUCAGACCCAACAGUGCAUCGUUCACACAGCAGCCUUGGAUGUCACUCUGAGGAAUACCUGCUUUGCGAAGUGAUGAAGGACAGAUAUGCAGAGCCAACGGGAAUUCAAAUUCAUUCAACCCAGAGAGAAGAAAUGUCAGCAAAUGAACUCAAAACAUCUGGUUCUCAACUUUGUCAAGUGAUUAUGGAGAUCUGUAGUGUGGACCAGACUGGCUGUGAGGACCCUGAUAUGGACACUGACAUGACCGCACGAAUGCUGCACAUUAUGGAGCAGGAUCUACAACUUGUGGCAAACGCACAGUGCAUAUCUACCCAUGUUUUCAGUUUGGAGUCAGAAGACAGUGGAGGGGAAAACGAAGACGAGAGUCAACAUUUGAAUUGGGAUGGCCCCAGCAGGGGACAACACCCAGAGGAGAACACCACAGAGAGAGACCGACAAAGUGAACUCACACUGCCAUGAGUCAUGCACUGACAGAGACAAGCAAAUGAAAUUUACACUUGGUUUAAAUUGAGUUUGUGUUGUGGAGAUGCGUUUUACCCGCAUUUAUAUAAAUGUAGCAGUUAUAAUAAAUGCUGUUUUGAUUUGCCUUCUUUUA